UUUCUUCAGUCCCCACCCCACCACCAUCCACAACCAUGGCUCUCUGCAACUCUCUCCUUCUCCUCCUCCUUUUCCUCUCCCUCUCUUCUCUCUUCAUCCUCUCAAAACAAGAAACCCAAAACCCUAAACCCAAACCUUCUUUAAAUUUCUCUCUUUCUUUCCCUCUCUCAUCUCUCCCUCUCUCUCCCUCUUCUCCUUCUUCUUCUUCUCCUCUCCUCACUUUCUCAUCAACCAAACAACCCCCUCAAACCAACCCAAAUGCUUACAGAUCUUCCUUCAAGUAUACAAUGGCUUUGAUCGUUUCUCUCCCUAUAGGGACCCCACCACAGACCCAACAGAUGGUCUUAGACACCGGAAGCCAGUUAUCAUGGAUCCAAUGCAACAAGAAAUCAACGGUCACAAAUCCUCCAAAGCCUCCUCUUUCAUCGUCUUCCUUUGAUCCUUCUCGCUCCUCCACCUUCUCUGUUCUACCCUGUAACCAUCCAAUCUGUAAACCCCAAAUUCCCGAUUUUACCCUCCCAACCUCCUGCGACCAAAACCGUCUCUGCCACUACUCUUACUUCUACGCCGACGGGACUUUAGCUGAGGGCAAUCUCGUCAGAGAAAAAAUUACCUUCUCAAGCGCUCAAGCCACUCCUCCUUUGAUCCUUGGUUGUGCUGAGAAAUCUACAGAUUCCUCCACGGAGGGUAUUUUGGGAAUGAAUCUUGGACGGCUCUCGUUUGCUGCUCAAGCCAAGGUUUCCAAGUUCUCUUAUUGUGUUCCGGUUCGACCGAACCGGUUGGUGGGGCAACCACCGGUUGGGUCUUUCUACCUCGGAAAUAAUCCAAGUUCUGGUGCGUUUCGGUACGUUGACUUGAUGAUUUUCGAUCGGAGUCAAAGUCAACGCAUGCCUAAUUUCGACCCGUUGGCGUAUACGGUAGGGAUGGAAGGGAUACGGAUUGGGGCGAAACGGUUGGAUAUUCCUCGAACCGUUUUCAGGCCGGAUGCGGGUGGUUCCGGUCAGACCAUGAUCGAUUCCGGCACGGAGUUCACGUUCUUGGUGGAUGCAGCGUAUGCUAAGGUGAAGGAGGAGAUCAUGAGGUUGGUGGGGUCCAGGGUGAAGAAAGGGUUUGUUUAUGGACAAGCGUUGGAUAUCUGCUUUGAUGGAGAUGCUGCGGAGAUCGGACGGUUAGUGGGGGACGUAGUGUUGGAGUUUGAGAAAGGGGUAGAGAUUGUGGUGGGGAAGGAUAGGUUGUUGGCUGAUGUAGGUGGUGGGGUCCACUGCUUGAGCAUCGGUCAGUCGAAUUUACUUGGAGUGGCGAGCAAUAUAAUUGGGAAUGUUCAUCAGCAGAACCUAUGGGUCGAGUUUGACCUCACCAAUCGUAGAGUUGGGUUCGGAAGAGCAGAUUGUAGCAGAUCAGCCUAAAAGAUACUCUUUUAUCCUAAUCGGACGGUGUAUAUAUCUUUCUCUCCAUAUCUUUAUAUUAUCAGGAAAAAAAAAAUUUUACUGUCAAAUGGUUUGGUUUUGAUUA